AUGGAGGAGAAUGGCAAUUACACAUAUUAUGAUUAUUAUGACAAUAUCCUGGUUUAUGCUGCUUUCAUAAACAUUCAUGGAUUCUAUAUCUUCUACCUGGUGGUCUGCAUCCUCACCUUCCUGGUUGGAGUUCCUGGGAACGGCCUGGUCAUCUGGAUCACUGGUCUCAAGAUGAAGAAGACGGUCAACACCACCUGGUACCUCAGCCUGGCCGUGUCCGACUUCAUAUUCUGUGCCACCUUUCCAACAUUUCACAUCAUCAUCAUUGUUACAAGGGGGUCCAUCUUUCUGUUUUUCACCAUUGCUCUGAUGUUAAUCAGCAUGUUCAUCAACGUCUUCCUCCUGGUCAUCAUCUGUGUUGAUCACUGUGUGUCGGUGGUGUUUCCAGUCUGGGCUCAGAACAACUGUACCAUCAACAAGGCCUCUAUUGUGGUGAUCCUGACCUGGGUUUCAUCUGUUGCCCUCAUCACUCGUUUCCCGUUAGCGGUUAAAAUAGACAUGGAGAAGAUAUUACAGAGUCAGUUCAUUGGUGGCUUUGCAGUGCCCUUCCUCAUCAUCAUCUUCUGUUACUCUGUUAUCAUCCUGCAACUGAGAACCAGACGAAUGAUAAGUGUGUCCUCCAAGUCCCUCAGAGUAAUGACUGCCCUGAUUGCCAUGUUCUUCAUCUGCUGGCUGCCCAUCGUUACCGUCAUACUGUUUAACUGGAACAAAAUAUAUUCCGAACUACGGGUCGAUGUUAUUAGAAUUCUGGUGGGAAUAAUAUUUGCCUCUGUCCAUAGUUUCCUAAGACCAGUGUUGUAUGUUUGCAUGGGGAAUAACGUCCCACGUACACUCAAGAGGUCCAUAGUUGGUAGGAUUGAGAAUUUCCUUGGAGAGGACGACCCCCCCACCACCAGCCAUGAAACAUCCACACAUCUCUAA